AUGUCUCAAAAGCUAACGUUUUGUGAACAAACUGCAAAGUCGGCUUCCGCUCGACUGGAGCUAAUGGAGUUGUGGAGGUUGCCCAUGUUGCGGUUGAAUCUACUCUUCAUGAUGAAGUAGUGCGGGAAGGUCGCGUACAUAUUAAAACUGCCAGCCUCUUCACAGGUUCACCAUGUUUUCCAUGUAUCACAGCUCAAGGACGCCGUUGGUGAUGUGCAUACGUCUACUCAAUUACCAACCAUUGUGCACGAUGUUUUGAUCAAAGAACCUGAAAGCAUUAUGGAGCGUAAGAUGGUUCAAAGGCAAGGUCGAGCUUCUACAAUGGUGCUUGUUAAGUCAACAACUCUUCCUGUCGAAGUAGCUACUUGGGAGUAUUUGUAUGAUCUGAAGAAACGGUUUCCAGCUUUCAAACCUUGA